GGACCGCCUAUCGUCGUUCCGACUUUGUAACAUACUUUUUGUCAUUUGUUCGCCAGGCUGGAGACGCGAAACGACCACGUAUACGGGUACACGGUGGUACACAGUACGCUUACGAAGCAAAGCGAAACGGUUUUAAUCAGAUUAAUCGGUAUCGAAUAUAGUCAUCAAAUUGUUUUCGCGAGUGCAGACACGAAAACCGCGAGUUUACAUGACAUCACCAUGGGAUUGCAACAUAUAGAUCGAGCAAACAUUGAGUUGGUAUUCGCAAAUGCGAAAGAUUAACUCAGAAUCAAGUUCGAAGUGAUUAUGCAUCAUAAGUUUGCAGCAUUGAUGUGUACAUGCUAAUGAGGCUUAUUUUUCACGUCCGUACGUCGCAAGGAGUGCAUCGACAUAUGUACAACAACGAAUACGAGACUGAAUGUUGUACAAGGAUCUCUUCGGAGGCCCGUGGGGUCUGCUGAUUAUAAUCGUGAUAGGAGUAACAAUCGUUCUGAUCGCGUUGCUUGUAUUUGCCUGCUUUCUGACACCUGGUUGCAUCGGCUAUGAGUGCUUCAGGAAACAAAGCAAAGAAGACAAGAAUGUUCAUCUGCGAGAAACGAAUCGAGAAAAGGAAAACUUAAAGCUGAGUGAUGUCAGUUACAGAUCUUGGAGAUUGGGCAGUCUUUAUGAAAAUGACAACAACGGUUCUAUUAGCGAGAAUGCGGAAUCUCACAGAGAAUCAUAUAAUUCUGCCAGUGCUCAAUGUGAAAACAUGGAGUGCUCCUCGACUCUGAACUUGAUUCAGAUGGACAAACAGAAGAGCGAUAAGAAAGUGAAAGAGUUUCCGACUGAAUUAACAAUGAGCUUGCAGUACCUGCCGCCCUGCGAUGACAUUGUCACCGGGAAGCUUGUUAUCGGUAUCGAAGCGUUAUGUGGCCUUCCUCCGAAGCAAUACAACGGCACUCUGGAACCAUAUGUAGCAUUGAAUAUCGCGAAGCAAUCAUGGAGCCACAGAAAGCGGCAAAAAUUGCACAGUUUUAGAACGAGGGGCAUCAGGCACACCGCCAGUCCAAUUUAUAAAGAAACCUUUGUUAUUGCAAACGUGAAGCCGCAAGAAGUUAAGGUAAACUUUUUAUUGUACAUAUUACACACUUUAUUACACACUUUUUGAUAACCAGUUAAAAAAAAAUAUUAUUGUAACUUAUU